AUGCCUCGCCCAAACCUCCCCCCGACCCCACAGCCGUCGACGGACAUCACAGGCAAGAAUGCCGCCAAUGCCCCUCAAUUGGAGACGAGCUUCAACCUACCGCCUGCAGCCCUGGGCAGCAGAGGAAGUGUCGCCAGCUCGUCAGGCCCCUCGGAAAAUGCCUCCGACUCCUCAUACACACCGCCGUCUCCAGCGUCCCCGGUAGCGACGUCCAAGGCUGGCCAUUCGCGCAAGCGUUCUGCCACUGUCCAACAGGGUGUCGUGACCAAAGACGACUACUCCCUCCCCCCGCCGCCUACUCGGUCGCGGAAAAUCAUCCAGAUGAAGCCAAAGGACGCGCAGGACCCACCCAAGCCUUCGUCGCAAACACACAAUGCAAAGGCCACACCCGCAACUGCCGUGGGUGGUAAGAAGAAGCAGGCGGGCAGUACCACUGCGGCGGGUCGCAAAAUUGCAAGGAAGACGGCGCAUAGUUUGAUUGAGCGAAGGCGACGAUCCAAAAUGAACGAGGAGUUUGGUGUGUUGAAAGACAUGAUCCCAGCUUGCCGCGGCCAAGAAAUGCAUAAGCUCGCGAUCCUGCAGGCGUCCAUUGAGUACAUGCGCUACCUGGAGCAGUGUGUCGCUGAUCUCAAGGCUGCCAACUCGCGACGCGACUCGCCAUCGUCAACUACGUCCGAACUGCCACCGCCGCCCACAAGACACAUGCGCGACAAUGAGGAGGAUGACAGAGAGCAAGAUGAAGAUAUGGAGGACGCUGUAUCGCCGACAUAUGUGGAGCCGGUCUCAUCCCAGUCCCGAUUCUCUUUUGCAACUGUUUCCCCUGCCAUCUACCCGUCAGAUCGAAGUGCAUAUACCCACUCCACAACGACGUCCCCAGCCAUUAUGCCCCACGACCAUAACGGGCAGUACUCGGCAAACCCCUCCCCCGCGUUGCGCCCAUCCGACCCACAUCAUUACUCGCUUGCCGCAACAUCAUGUCGCUCCACAGUGACAUCCCCAUCAAUCCACCCCUCGCCCGCCUUCAGUGCUCAUACGCCAUCAGCGACCUAUUUCAGUAAUCCGUUCCAUAAUGGACCUGUCAGCACAGCAGCAGUGGUUGCACCGGGUUCGUCACACGGAUCUGUACACUUUUCCCUCACAUCGCCAGCCCUUAAGCCGCAAGCCGAUCGCGAAGACCAGGAGGCUACCGAGGCCUUGAUGAUGCUGAAUACGGACCGCCGAAGUUGGAGCGGUGGCAGGGGUAUGAGUGUGAAGGACCUUCUCAGUGGAUAG